UCAUAUCCAAUCCAAUGCUGAACAAACACACACACACACACACACACACUUUAUACAUUAUGAAGUCACAAUAACCCAAUCGCCCCAGAAAUUCUAGAAUUCUUAACCCACAUUAUAACACACAGCGAGUGCUCAGAAAUCAUUUACAAACCUUUGCUCUUUAAAAUACUAUACAAUGCUGGGAACUGCACCCCCGGUAAAGAAGAGGGUGUGCUUACCCUCUCUGGAGGGAGCACCGCCCUCCUCCAGACUGAGGAGAGUGGAGGGAAGGAGAGGGAGGAGGACUCGCUGCCCCUCCCCUGAAACACCAUCCAGCUCCUUCCAACACGAGAGGACAGAAGAUGUUACAGCUGAGAGGCCCGGGGCCUGUAUUCAAGAUUUACCACCUGAGAUUAUGGAGGUCAUUCUGGGACAUCUCUCGCCAUGUGAUGUCAUGUCCUUUGGAGCGACCUGCGCCAGAUACCACCAGCAGAACAGUGUCCCCUGGGUCUGGAAGAGCUUCUGCAGCCGCAUGCCGGGCCCAUCAGAGCCCAGUGACUGGCAGCGGUUGGCCAUUCUCAAACACACCCAGGCACUGCACACUCAGCGACUGGGCCCGGCCCAGCGCGGCUCCCCAGGCACCAGGUCCCGCCGCUCCCAGCCCCCCACUUCCAGGGCCAUGGAACUCCCAGAGGCCCAUGGGUACCGGCGGGUGGUGCCUGCUUGGGGCAGCGUGCUGCUCUGGGACUACCAGGGCACCCUCCACCUGCUGAGGCAUGAUGGGGCUGAAGGGCUGCUGUCCCAGCCCAACGUCCUCUGCCACAACGUCAAGGAUUUUGCCGUUGAUCCUCGCAACGACGCCCGCCACCGUGAUCACGUUUACGUCUUGGCCAACCCCCAGGAUGUCUCCCAGGGAACCAGCAGAGUGACCUUCUACGGCCUGGGCACCGGUGCACCCGUGUUCCGGAUGACCUUUCACCCUUCACUGGCCUUCGCGCAGAUCUGCCUCACUGGGACUAAGAUCCACCGUCAGCUGCUGCUCCUUUCUGGCACUGGGGCAGUGUAUGGGCUCUCACUCAACGAGGCCAACAUGCUGCUGAGGUGGCACAACUUCUCUGUGCACAUGACACGCAAGAUCAUGAGUGUCCCUCAGGGUCCGCUGUCCAUCCGUCAGGUCCAAAGCAGCCAGAACAGCGCCCUCUACCUGAGUGGGGAUGGGACAGUGUGUCUGGAGGUCUAUUCCCCCGCUCUCUACAAGAAGAUGUUUGGCGACCAGCAGGUCUGCCCUGCCUUGCAACCGCCUGUGCAUCUGCCACUGCCUACCAAGGUGGUGAAGUGUUCUCUGGGCCCCAGCCAUAUCUGCCUGGUGGAUGAAAGGGGGGGCAUAUUCACGCAGGGAGAUAACAGCUUUGGCCAGUUAGGUACUGGAGACAGAGUUGACCGCAGACAACUCACUCAGGUGUCAGUGUCCAUGAGGCCUGUGGAUGUGUGGUGCGGGCCCAACCACACUCUGGUCCUGCUACAAGAUGAGUCCGGGGCCAAGGAGCUCCAUGGCUGUGGUUUUGGUGCCGCAGGCCGCCUUCCCGGCCACCCCAAAGGCAGCGAUGUGUUGGUCAAGCUCAACGUCCUGGUACCCCGGGCCUCCCGCUCAAUCUGUGCCGUCAAAAACUGCCUGUAUAUCAUGAGCAGCCAUGAUAUUGACGAGGCAUUGUUCGACAACGGCCACAACUGACCCUUCACAGCGCUACCAUCCCAUGCCAACACUAACAUCAACUACUGCUGCAGACAUCUAAUUUGAUUUAAUGCCACCUAGAAAUGACUUUGGCUUUCAUACCUGUAAGCACAGGAAUUGUUUUUGUCAUCGACCUACAUAAAAAUACACUUUG